AUGCCUGCCCCCGUCGAACCCACCAACUUCGUUGUCGUGGUGCGCGACCUCGGCGACGACGAGCACUAUGUGAUGGAAGCCUUUGAGUCCCACGCUGAACACUGCCCCCACUGCGCCGAUCCGCUACAAACCCACCGCGACGGCGGCGACCUUUGCGAGCGCGGCCGCCAGUACGCCCGCGACGUCGCCGAGUACCUAUACUGCCAAAACGGGAAACACUACUCCGUCGUCGACCGCGAGAGCGGCCAACCCAAGCGUGUCAAGCUCCCGCGCGACGCUCUUGCCGUCCGCAGCUUGCUCGCCGCUCUGGAAGAUGGUCUCCGUCUCCGUGCGCCGGCUGUGCGCGCUCCGGAAAUCAGCUACGACCGCACCUACCCCGUUGGCCCUCGUCGCCCGGCUGUCGAGCACAUCCAGCCUCGGCCCAGCACGCCUGAGUCGCCCUCGCGUGCUAUCAUCGAGCGUGAGCCUCGCUCGCCGAAACGACGCACUAUCGUCUACCAUUCGCCGCGUGUCUCGCCCGCCCGAGGCUCCUUGUACAAUGCGGACCGCGUGGACCGCGUGGAGCGUCUGUACGAGUCCUCGCGCAUCUAUCGGCCGGCGGAGUACUACCGCUGA